AUGUCUAUUUCGGGAUUGUUGAGUAAAGAUACGAAUGAUACUGAUUAUUCGUUUCAGAAACCGCAAAAAGAUUCUAGCAAUAAUAAUUAUGGUGAAGGAGCUUUAGGCAGUAGAGGUGGUAGAUCUAACUUGACUCAAACUCAAGCAACAGACAGUGCAGAUGAAAAAGAAAGCGAAGCGUCUAUCUCGGAUGCAAAUACCGAUGCAAGUUUAGCUGUAUCCGAUCAAUCUGAAGGAGAAAGCUCUGAAGAAGGGCCAAGAAGUCCAAGUAUGAUUGUUCCCCCUCCUCCUCGCAAAAUACCUGAACCUGGAAAUGGGUUGGUUGUGAAAUUAAGGACUAAUUCUGGUUCUCGGCCGCCAAGCGUUUCUUCAACUCGUGCUUCCCAAGAACCUGAUACCACAUCAAAAGUUAACCUCAUGUCUCAAGUUUUACAGUUUCCUCAAACCAACCAAAUAGAACGUCGAGCUGCUAGUCUUUCAUCGGAUUCGUCUGCGGAUAGUGUUAUGGAGUCGAAGACAAAACGCAGGUCUAGCGAAUCAAGUGAUUCCAGCUCCGAAAGUGACACUGAUAUUGGUGAAGAAGAAAGAUUUAGUGAAGAACUUGUAAACUAUAUGGUGGAGAUAUACAAACGUCAGAAGCGUGUAAUUGAUGAAUAUGAACGGAGAUGUCGAAUAAAGAAGGACAUUCUUCGUAGAAAAGUUUCGACUCGCUUCACGUGUCAUAUCAGUGAGAAUCGAAUAUUCGAUAAAGAGAAUCAUAAUAGGAGUAUUCGUGGAAUUAGACACAAGAUGGAUAUUAAACGAAUGAGUCGUAAUCCACCUUUUGAUUAUUCAGUCGAUGCCGAAGGUGGAAAUGAUGAUCAAAAACGUACUUUUAGUACAAGAAUUCAAAAGCAGAGAGAAGCUCUUGAAUCAGAAGAGAGACGGAGAAUAUGGAAAGACAUUGUUCGUAACGCUAUACCAAGGAUGAACAAGAUUGUUAUUCAGACGACUACUUCACGAUUAAACAAUUGUCGUAAGAUUGCUCUUCUUUGUCAAAAAGAGGCCCGCAAAGCUGCAUGUAAAUCUUGUAAAUCUCCAAAAGAUAUUCAGACGAGGGCUAGGCAGGCCAUGCGACAGAUGCUCUUCUUUUGGAAACGUAACGAAAAAGAAGAACGUGAGUUACGUAAGAAAGCAGAAAGGGAGGCCCUAGAAAGAAUGAGAGUUGAAGAGGAAAUGCGUGAGGCAAAGAGGCAGGCACGAAAACUUAACUUUCUCAUUACGCAAACCGAACUGUAUAGUCAUUUUGUCGGGAAAAAAAUUGGAACUCAAAAUGCAGAGGAAAAUGCUGAAAACGUGACACAAGUCGAAGCAGCAGCCAGUGAACAAGGAACCAGUGAUCAAGGCACGGAGUCCUCGCCUACCGAUUUAAAUCUAGAGGUUGAUGGAGGUGUUGUUGCACCUACUUCUUUUGAAGACAUCGAUUUUGAUGAAGAGGAUGAAGAUGCGCUUAGAGAAAAAGCACGUGCAAGUGCAAAAAAUGCUCUUGCGCAAGUCAAGAAACACACCCGUGACUUUGAUGGCGAUAGAAGUGGUAAAUCGACAAACAUCGAAGUUUCGAACGAAGACUUGGAUCAAAUGAAUUUCCAAAAUCCGUCUAGUAUGCCAUCAAUGUCUGAAAUUAAACAGCCGUCAAUAUUGGUGAAAGUCACUUUGAAAGAUUACCAAUUGAAAGGUCUAAAUUGGCUUGCUAAUCUUUAUGAGCAGGGUAUUAAUGGAAUUUUGGCCGAUGAAAUGGGUUUAGGGAAGACUGUCCAAUCCAUAUCUCUUAUGGCGCAUCUUGCAGAGAUUGUUCAAGAUCAAAGUUAUUUUGCGAGAACAAAGUGGCAAUACAUGAUUUUGGAUGAGGCACAAGCCAUUAAAAGUUCAUCUAGUGCUCGUUGGAAAACACUUCUUGGUUUUCAAUGCCGUAAUCGCCUCUUGUUAACGGGUACUCCUAUUCAAAACAGUAUGCAAGAACUAUGGGCCCUUUUGCAUUUUAUCAUGCCUACGCUUUUUGAUUCUCACCAAGAGUUCAGCGAAUGGUUCUCUAAGGAUAUCGAAAGUCAUGCAGAAAAUAAAGGUUCACUAAAUGAGCAUCAACUUAAGCGACUACACAUGAUUUUAAAACCAUUUAUGCUGCGUCGAGUUAAGAAAAACGUUCAAAACGAACUUGGCGAAAAAAUCGAGAGGGAGGUUUUCUGUAAUUUGACUGCAAGACAACGCAUACUGUACCGUGGACUUCGAGAAAAAAUUUCAGUAGCAGAAUUGUUGGAGAAGGCUGCAACGUUGCCCGACAACGAUAACGUUGACAGCUUAAUGAACCUGGUUAUGCAAUUUCGUUUAUUGAAUGUUCCUGGUGACGAAUCUCAAGCCGGAUCUCGUACCAAUAUUCUUGACCAUAUGAUGAACAUUUGGCGACCGGACUACAUUAAUCAAUCAUUGAAUGAUGAACAAAGCGGUGACGAGACGGCUCCAACACUUUCUCCCAUGAAUGUCGAAAGUUCACCAAUAUUAAGUGAAUUAACAAAUAUUUUUGAAAACACGACUCAAUAUGAAUUGGUGGUUUUAGACAUGUGUUAUAUGCCCAAGGCCAUUGCCCCUCCAAUUCAACCAGUAUGUGUAGAUAAAUGUUUCUACAACGAUCAAGAAAGACUCCUGUUUGAUUCGUCUAUAAGAACUGCACUGUUUGGAAUUAUCGAAUUAUUGCCUCAAGAGGAGAGAAUGAAAAGUGAUGUCGUUCGAUUAUUGACUCAGUCUGGAGAAAGAAUGAUCGGAAAGACGUAUCGAAAAGAUUGCGGAUUCUCAUACAUGCGUGUACCACGUAAAUUUCAUGAUCAUGAAUCUCUGUGCAAAACAGAUUAA